AUGUCGCGAUCUCUCCCCAAGAAGAACAACCCGCACAUCCUGGCUGAUGCCUCACCGACCUACGAUGAUCUUCUUUCGCGCCGUCGCCUUGGGAAGACCAACUUGUCUGUUAAGGCCGCGCAAAUUGGUACUUCCAAUGCGACCAAGCCCGAAAACCUUGGCCUCUUCGAAUAUGCCCACUUGCGGGCACCUUUGCCCAAGGACCUGAAGGGCUCCGAAAUCUUUCCUUCACACAAUGCUGCCCAGCACCCGGAGACUUACUUCCUCAUGCGGAGGAGCAAGGAUGGCUUCGUUAGCGCCACUGGCAUGUUCAAAAUUGCCUUCCCGUGGGCCAAGACCGAGGAAGAGAAGACAGAGCGAGAGUAUCUGAAGUCGCGCGAGUUCACAAGCCAGGAAGAGGUUGCCGGCAAUGUCUGGAUCUCGCCUCUAUUCGCUCUUGAGCUUUCCAGGGAAUACAAGAUGUACGACUGGGUUCGUGCCCUACUGGAUCCCACCGAUAUCGUGCAGAGCCCGUCUAGCGCGAAGAAGCAUAUCACCCCGCCUCCCAAGUUCGAGCUCCCCGAGGAGGAAGCUACUCCUUCUCAACGUCGUAGCCGCCGUUCCGUCUCUCCCAGCAAGAGGCCCUCGUCUCCUCGCAAGUCUCGCCCUGGUCGCCCCAUCAAGGAUAUCCUGAGCACCCCUUCGACUACUGCUGCCAACAAUAGUCUUCAAGAGGCCCUGGAUACCACCGUCUCCCUGGAGAACGAUGAACAAAACGUUAUCCUCGAGACUGUGGAAGAGGUCGAGGUCAAGACGAGUGGAUCACCCGAGAAGAAGUCUCGUGGUCGCAAAUCUAAGAAGGCCAUUGCCGAGGCCGAGGCUGCAGCUGCAGCUGCAGCUGAGGAAGAGGAGAAGGAGAAGGAAGAAAAGAAGUCCGAGAAGAAAAAGAAGAAGGAUACCAAGGGGAAGGAGACGGAGGUGGAGGUUACUGCCUUCGCAGAGGUUGCCGACCAAGCCACUACCACUCAGACUACCGUCUCGCUUGAUGUGCCGAUCAGCCUGCCGGAGGUUCCAUCGGCCGCCGAUACGCAAGAGAUGAUCGCCAAAGCCCAAGAGAUGGUUGAGGAGGCCAUCAAGAGCCAAGCAGGAGAGGGUGCCACAGGAUCUUCAGUCGCUAAGGUGACAAAGAAGCGUAAGCCGGAGGAGGAUGACGAGGAGACCGCCGCCGAGGCCGCCCAGCGAACAAAGAAGGCCAAGGUCCUAGAAGACAAGCUCAAGCGUGAGCGGGUCCGCAAUCGUGCACUGUUUGGUGUCUCCGCAGCUUUUGCUCUUGCUGCUUCCAUUCCUUACUUCUUCUAG